ACUCACGUUGGCGUUUGUUUUUCCCCUCUCGUUACGCCUCGCCUCUUUGUCGAGCUCGAUUUACCUCCCUAUAUCCUCGGUAUAAUAGAUGAGCCAGGCCUGCUGAGACAUGCAUCGCGAGUCCCCGCUGUGGAGAGCUUGCAUACCUACCUAAGUACUGCAAACUGCCUGUUGCGAGAUCCAUCUCGGCGGCAGACAAGCCGUUUUCUUAUUGGAGUUGAGGCGGUCUUUCUCGUGACAUGUCGUGUCUACAUUUGUUGUUUUGUUUUGGGGUUGAAAAAGGUCAUGUGGAUGUGGGAAGCUGUAGAUCGGACCAUUGCCCUACCUCGAGAAUAUCUGGACGUAUAAAAUGCCAGACUUUGCUUGCUCUUGCUGAAUACGGCUUCCUGUCUAGGUUACCUAAUCGCGCGGUUUCUGCUUUCCGAGCUGGAGAUUGCCUACUUAUUGUAUUAGUCGUCAUCUUGGGGCAUUUUUGAAUCUUGAGUAUCUUCAUUUUUGAGUUGUUUUUCUCGAUCGUUUACUAUUUCUGCGUAGAUCAAGCCCCCGGGUCGCUGUCGAUUGUUGGGCUGAAGGGACCGUCAUUUCGUCACCCCUCAACAUCGUCCCCCGCCAUCAUGGACCCCCGCAUUGUUGUGCCCAUUGACAAGAAGUGGGAGUUCAAACAAGCCGACAAGGCCGACGACGCAUAUCUCCCCGUCUCCCAAUUCCCGACCAAUGUCCAUCUGGAUCUGUUGGCUCAUAAGCUGAUACCCGAUCCCUACAUCGGCAAGAAUGAGCUCGAUGUGCAAUGGGUCGGCGAGAAGGUCUGGGUCUACCGGACCAAGUUCACAUCCCCUGAGACUACGGGUCCGAAAGCUGUGAUUGCCUUUGACGGACUCGACACGUUUGCCACCGUCGUGCUCAAUGGCAAGACAAUCCUGGAAACGGAGAACAUGUUUAUCCCCGAACGCGUAGAUGUCACGGGUGUCCUAGCUAAGGCAGGAGGGGAGAACGAGCUUGUCAUUACGUUUGAUAGUGCGUAUAUCAGGGGCUGGAAGCUUGUUGAGAAGCAUAGUGAUCAUAAGUGGGGUUGCUGGAAUGGCGAUAACUCGAGGUUGGCUGUGCGGAAAACUCAGUAUCAUUGGGGAUGGGAUUGGGGACCAACACUACUUUCAUGUGGACCGUGGCGGCCGAUUAAUCUCGAGAUCUACGAGGCUCGGAUUAGCGAUCUUUGGUGUGAUAUUAACGUCGACAAGUCUCUUAAGGGGGCUACUGUGGUUGUCCACGCACCAAUCGAAGGCAAAGCUUCAAAGCUGCGAUUAGACAUCUCACUUAACGAUUCACUUGUGGCUAGUCAGGAGAUUGACGCUGGGUCCAGUGCAACAUUUAUAAUUUCCGACCCGGAGCUCUGGUACCCUGUCCGAUACGGCAAGCAGCCGCUCUACAAUGUCAAGGCGACGAUAGUUCAAGACGGUAAAGACAUUGACAGCAUAUCCAAAAAGAUCGGUUUACGACGAGCUGAACUGGUUCAGAAACCACUUAAAGGACAACCUGGUACCUCUUUCUUCUUCGAGGUCAAUGGUAUUCCCCUAUUCUGCGGCGGCAGUGACUGGAUCCCCGCAGACAAUUUCAUCCCGCGUAUCAGCAAGGAAAGGUACUACGACUGGGUCAAAUUGGUAGCUGAUGGUAAUCAGUUCAUGAUUCGAGUAUGGGGAGGCGGAAUCUACGAGGAACAAGCCUUUUACGACGCUUGUGACGAGCUCGGCAUCCUAGUAUGGCAGGACUUUAUGUUUGGCUGCGGCAAUUACCCUGCGUGGCCGGAACUACUAGCUUCGAUCAAGCGCGAGGCCGAAGAGAACAUCAAGCUGCUCAGACAUCACCCUAGCAUCGUGAUCUGGGCCGGGAACAACGAAGACUACCAAUAUGCGGAAAGUGCCAAUUUGGAAUGGGAUCAGAGUAAUACGGAUGCCGAGAGUUGGCUGAAGACCGAUUUCCCGGCGCGGUAUAUCUACGAGAAGAUCUUACCAGAUGCAUGUCGCGAGUAUUGUCCGUCAGUAUAUUACCAUCCGGGUAGCCCGUGGGGUGGCGUCGAUACACGCGAUCCGACGGUAGGCGAUAUCCACCAGUGGAACGUAUGGCAUGGAUCGCAGGAGAAAUACCAAAAUUUCGACAAGCUGGUAGGGCGGUUCGUGUCGGAGUUUGGAAUGGAAGCUUUCCCGUCCGUGAAGACGAUCGACGCGUUCCUACCGCUCGGGAAGGACGAUCCAGAUCGCUACCCCCAGUCGUCGACGAUAGAUUUCCACAAUAAAGCCGAUGGUCACGAGCGACGUAUCGCCCUGUACCUGGUCGAGAACAUGCGUUAUGCGCCUGACCCGCUCGAGCAGUUCGUUUACUGCACCCAGCUGAUGCAAGCCGAAUGUCUCGCUUCAGCAUACCGGCUGUGGAAGCGUCAGUGGAAAGGACCAGGUCGUGAAUACUGCGCCGGCGCGCUAGUCUGGCAAAUCAAUGACUGCUGGCCUGUGACGUCCUGGUCUAUCUGCGAUUAUUACCUACGACCGAAACAUGCGUACUACACGGUGAAGCGCGAGAUGGCGCCCCUGAGCGUCGGGAUAACCCGUCGCGUGCAUACCCACCCGAACCCGAAGAACAAAUACUCCCGCAUUGACGUCACGACACAGAUACAGGUUGAGAUCUGGGGUAGUAAUCUCAUGCUGGAGGAUCUCGAGGUGGAUUGCCUUGUUCGUGCGUGGGACGUCGAGACGGGGGAAGAAACAUAUGCGGAAAUCGUCCAUGAGAAGCUCCUACUGCCCAAGAACCAAUCUACAGAGGUGAUAGCUAUGGACGUGCCUGUGCAGAAGAAAGGCGAUGAAGGACAGACUGUCGUUGCAGCCUACCUGCUUGAAUCAUCCUCUAAGGACGGCAUUGACGGCACGACGCCUACGCAGAUAGGCAAGAAACAACUUGCGCGCUACGUGAACUGGCCUGAGCCUUUGAAGUAUCUGCAUUUGCAAAAACCGAAACAGCUGAAGGUAGAGUUGAGCGCGGAUGGAAAGAGUGUGGCGGUGAGCGCGGAGGUGCCUGUUAAAGGCGUGGCUGUCGAGUCUGAGGAUGAUGCCGUGAGGUUCGAGGAUAAUCUUGUUGAUAUCGUGCCGGGCGAGACGGUGCGGAUUCCGGUGUGCGGAGCGAGUGAGGACACGAUUGUUACUACGAGGUAUUUGGGGAUGAUAUAGGGGUGUUUUCUCGUGGAUUGUUGUUGUUGUUGUUGAGAUGCUUGGGGUACCUUGAUGGUUAGUAUAGCGUAGAGAUGAGAACUAAGGUUAUUCUGACUGAUUCCGCUCGGACCUCUUCGUUCGUUUUUAUCCCGGGUAAAUCUUUUCAACCUUGAGUUCCCCAAGCAGGGGAUAUUGCUCCAUUUGUUCAUGAGGCUAUCAUCGUAUGAUGUAUG